CGAAGACCUUUAAAUACCAUCUUUACAAACCCCACUCUUCUCUCUCGCUCCUCCGCUCUCUCAUUUUCCAAACCCUCUGAAACAGAGAGAGCUCAGAGAACAAAAACCCUAAUCCUAACCAUGUCUCUUGUAGCGAACGAGGAUUUCCAACACAUAUUGCGUGUUCUGAACACCAACGUUGAUGGAAAACAAAAGAUCAUGUUCGCUCUCACUUCCAUCAAAGGUAUUGGUCGCCGUUUCGCCAAUCUCGUUUGCAAGAAAGCUGACGUCGACAUGAACAAACGAGCUGGUGAGUUGACAGCCGCUGAGCUGGAUAACCUGAUGGUGAUUGUGGCAAACCCUCGCCAGUUCAAGAUACCUGAUUGGUUUCUGAACAGGAAGAAGGAUUACAAGGAUGGUAAAUAUUCUCAGGUUGUCUCCAAUGCUUUGGACAUGAAACUAAGGGAUGAUCUUGAGCGUUUGAAGAAGAUCAGGAACCACCGUGGUCUGCGACACUACUGGGGUCUCCGAGUGCGUGGACAGCACACUAAGACAACUGGUCGCCGUGGAAAGACUGUUGGUGUCUCAAAGAAGCGUUGAGUUUGUUUCUCCCUUUUUGGGAUGUUUGCGAAUUUUGUUUGGCCUUUUAGAAUAUCUUGGGUUUAGUAUUGUACUUUUCUUUUUGGCAGACUCGUGCAGUAUCAUUUAGCUGUCUUUAUGUGUUCUUUAGACUGAUUGAUCUUGUUUGAGAGAUUUUGGUAUGUGUGAUGGUAUUAAUUAUUCAUAAUUUCAUAUAAUAGUUAAAGUUGACAAUGCAUUUUGCAUUUUACCUAUUC